AUGUUAACACUUUUAGACUUGGGAGAUGACCUCUUAGUUACUGUCAUACCUCAAUACCUUCGACCCCGUGAUACGCUUCGUUUAUCAUUAACUUGCAAACUGGCUUAUGCCCGCUUCUGGUACCCACAGUCACCCAUCUACAAGACAUUAUACAACCAGUUAUUCACGAAUAACGACAAUGACCAUACUACAGUGGAUCAAGGAUUGACAUGGGAAGAGUUGUUUCGGUUGAGAACUGAUCCUGACCAGCGAUUAUAUACUUGGGGCCUGGGAGCUCAUCGUCGCCUCGGGUAUGACAUAUCCCAAAUUCCCUUCAGGCAGCGGAACGGCGUUGGGAUACCUUAUCCACGAAAUGUUUCAGAAACAAAUGGUCAUAUUAUCGUUGAUAUUAGGGCAACUGGUUAUGCCUUUUUGAUCUUAACCAUCCUGGGUCAAUUAUAUUACACUGGGUGGCUGUUUCGUCAAGAUGUGGGUCAUCAUACUCCAAGUGCAUCAAAUAUCGAUCAAUGGGCACCAGGGAAUCCAAACGAGUCCCAGGAAAUUUCUCGUGGUCGUUUAGGGACUUUGUGGUAUCGAUAUGAUCGGCCAGAUGAUGCCUUCGAUCGCGAUCCUCCUAGUGGUCGACGUCGAGCUCCCAACACCAAUCUUGAAGGUCCCCCCGAAUCUAGAGGGGUUGACUUGUUACUGCCUUUAAGUGGACUUGGCUUUGAACACAUUCUUCGCCCGUUUCAAAGCAAAAGUGACGUAACCGAUGCGAGUGACAACGUUUUCAAAGCUGGUCAAUCUCCCGCUCACUUUGCAUCUUCUGCACAAAGUCAAAUAAAGGAGAGUGAUUCGAUCAAACCGUUACGUUUACCCUAUGACGCACAACUUAUACUGAUUCUGGGUGGUCGACAACAUGUGAUUGCACUUGAUGACCAGAACCGCGUGUUUCAAUGGGAUACAACUACCAAAAGUUCUCAGGGCGUAGAACUUGAUUUCGGUACAAGCGCUUUCAUCAAUAAGAUCCAUGCUGGUUGGAAUUUAGCGGCCUACUAUAGCGUUGAUGAAGGUAUCAGAGUCUGGUAUGGACGUGAAUCAGUAACCCCUACUCUGGGGCCGCGAGUCAAGGCCACACUGGUAAUCGUACCACAUACAAAGGGCGAAAUCGAGGACUUUGCGGUUUUGACUGAUUGUGUUUUGUUCAUCCGAAAACUGAAUGGGCGACUCUAUCGAGCAUCGUGCCCAGCGAGUGCCUGGGUUGAAUCGGAAGAUGAACCUCGAGUGGAAGAGCUCUCCCCGGUCGAGGCGUACAAUGAAUGGUUAGAUGACUACAACCGUUCCAAUGGAACCGACCACAAAUUCACUCGCAUCAAUAGUACCUAUCGAAACUUUGUUUUGUUCACUAAUGGCGACCAAGUAUUGCUAGGAAAUUUGAACAACUUAGAUGCUGUUGAUUUACAGCCGGCACUCCAAAAUCGUCAAAUUAAGCUGGUGGUAAUGGGCGACUACCAUUAUUUGGCAUUAACCGGUGAUGGAAAGUGUUUAGCUUGGGGUUUAGAGCUGCAGAAUUGUGGAUGCUUGGGUUUAGGCUUUGCUGAACCUUUAGUUACAAAUCACCCACAACAAGUCUCCAGGGAAAACGGUCGAGCUCUACUAGUCAAAGCUCCUAUUGAAGUACCACCUCCGGACGGUCUGAGGGCAUGGGUGCAGCUUGCCGCCAGUGGAUGGCAAUCGGGAGGUAUAGUCGUAUAG